AUGCCCUUCUUUAAUUUAAAUAAAAACGGUUCUUCUCAUGAAAAAAAAGGUUUUAAUCAUCGUUGUGAUCUUGAAGAAAGUAUUGCUGUUGAUUCUCUUUUAAAUGAAAAUAAUGAAUCUAAGAGAGCGGAACGUGUUCUUGCACUAAUUGCCUUAUUGACUUUAUUGUUUGUAGCUAUUGAAGUUAUUGGUGGUUGGCUGGCACAUAGUUUGGCCAUAAUGACAGAUGCUUUUCACAUGAUAUCAGAUUUAAGUUCAUUUCUCGUUUCUAUCUUGGCUAUUCGUCUUUCCCGUCGCCAACCAAAUGUUCGACAUAGUUAUGGAUUUCAAAGAGCAGAAGUACUUGGGGCUUUAUCUAGUGUUAUUGUUAUUUGGGUACUUACUGGAAUGCUUUUGUAUAUGGCUGUUUGGAGGAUUGUGGCAAAUGAAUAUGAAGUUAAACCUGAUACUAUGAUGUUAACUGCUGGUAUCGGUGUUUUAUUUAAUUUACUUAUUGGCACUCUUCUUCAUAUAGUUUGGAGAAAUGGAGGAGCCGGACACUCACAUAUCCAUUCACAUAAUCAUUCAAAUAAAAAUAUUCAAUCAAAUUUAAACAAUAAAGAAGGAAAAGAAAAAAAGAAUUCAACAAAUUCAACAAUUCCAAUACAAAUAAAUUUAGAAGCAAGAAAUGGUUCUAUUGUUUCUAUUGAAUCUACAGCGGUAGACAAUACCAAUACAAGUACAUCAUCUUCUUCCUCUUCAGAUAUUGAAGAAGAAAAUAAUAGUCAAUGUAGUGGUAGUAAUAAAAGCAAUAAUUUAAAUAUUCGUGCUGCUUUUGUUCAUGUUCUUGGAGAUUUAUGUCAAUCUUUGGGUGUUUUAAUUGCUUCUAUAAUAAUUAAAUUUACUGGUUAUGCUAUAGCUGAUCCUAUUUGCACAUUUUUCUUUUCUUUUCUUGUUUUACUUACAAGUGUCCCUGUUUUUAGUGAUGCUAUAACUAUUUUGAUGGAGGCUAGCCCCCAAUUUGUUUCUCACGACAAAAUUCAUAAAAAUUUAUUAUCUUUGCCAAAUGUUGUUGGAAUUCAUUCUCUUCGUGUUUGGGCAUUAAAAAGUGAUACACUUGCAGCUACUGUACAUUUAGAAUUGAAAGAACAUUCUGAUGCAAACAAAGUUUCAAUUAUGGCACAACACUUACUUGCUAAAAUACAUCGAAUUCGUUUCUCGACUGUUCAGUCACAUUGUAAUCAAUUUAAAAAUAAUAUUAAAAAUAAAAAUGAAUUUUUGGUGGAAAUAAAUGAACGGUUGGAGAACAACAAGGAAUUACAAACAACAAUAAAUUCUUUGGAGAAAUUUUAA